GAGCGCCGCGAGAUGCAGGGGUGGCUUGUCAAGCUCGCCUUCCUGCUGACGUUCGGCACCGUCGCCGCCACCGCUUUUGUGCAAAGCAGGCCGGGGACAUCUUCCGAGCCAAGUGUGCGCUCGAAGAGUUUGGGUGACGCUCCACAGCCACUGCCGGAAGACACGCCUUUUCGCUGGCUGUCGUCGGCAUCUUCGCACGCCUUGACGGCUGGAGCCGUCCUGGGCCUUGUCCUGGCUUUGGCGCAGGCACCAGCAGUCCGAGCCGAAGACAGGUACGCCGACGUGGAGUCUCAGGUGGUGCUGGCUGCGAGCCCGAGCCCAGCCAAGGAGAAGGCAAAGAAGGAGCUGCUGGCAGAUGCGAAGAAGGUGGACGAGUUCACUAAGACGAAGGUGCGCACCACCAAGGAUGAUCUCCUCAAGUACACAGAGGGCUCCACGAUGGAUGCUCUUGGCACUGAGUUCAACGAUGUGAGGCCGGCCCGGUCGAAGGUGCGCAAGAGCCUGCAGAAGGAGUCCGGUGGCUUCAAGCUGGCGGGCCUGCCGGACCUGCCUUCCUUUGGGCUCCCUUCCCUGCCGAGUGCUCCGGGCGUCGCUGCCCCGGAGCUCAGCGGCGACGCGGGCGUCGGCAUCGCCUCAGGAGCAGCGGUGGCACUGGCUCUGCCGGCCCUGGGAGUAGCGGGAGUGGUGAACAGCCGGAUUUCCGAGAAGCAGCGGGAAGAUGCCGAGAGGAGGGCUCGGGAGGCGAACGCCCUCCCCGUCGGCCCGAUCCUGACGGUAGCGGGCGUCGGAGCGGCCGCGCUGGUCGCAGGUUCCGUGAUCUCCUCGAUCGGAGACUCUUUCGGCAGUGAGAAGGUGGUCCAGGAGGUCGUGACCACGACCGCCCCCGCCAAGGCCAGAAGAGACCAUGCCUCAGCAGACAAGGAAGCGGCAGAUAAGGCAGCGGCAGACAAGGCCGCAGCUGACAAGGCGGCAGCGGAGAAGGCGGCGGCAGACAAGGCCGCAGCUGACAAGGCAGAAGCGGAGAAGAAGGCGGCGGCAGACAAGGCCGCAGCUGACAAGGCAGCGGCUGACAAGGCAGCGGCAGACAAGGCCGCAGCUGACAAGGCGGCAGCGGAGAAGGCGGCGGCAGACAAGGCCGCAGCUGACAAGGCGGAAGCGGAGAAGAAGGCGGCGGCAGACAAGGCCGCAGCUGACAAGGCAGCGGCAGACAAGGCUGCGGCUGACAAGGCUGCAGCUGACAAGGCGGCAGCAGAGGCGAAGGCAAAGGCGGACAAGGCAGCAGCUGACAAGGCGGCAGCACCGAAGGCAGCUGCGGAACCUGCCGCUCCUGAACCGGAGGUUGCCCAAUCCAAGAAAGUCUCACGGAAGGGUUACUUCAAUUACAUGAGGGACAAGAAAUGA